AUGUACAAUUCCAACGAGUUCCUGCAUAGUGCCGGCGUGAGCCGCCACAUGCAGGCUACUGGAGAAACUCCUCAGAAAACCAGUAUGAAACGUCGAUCGUGUGAAGUGCCUUUAGGUGACAUAUCGUCUAACAACUUCAAAGUUUCUCUAGGUGAUAUAACAAAUGACAGCUCUAAUUACGACUGUCGAUCACUGAGAUCCAUAAAAUCUGAAGAUUGUCGAUCUCUUCGAUACUACAGGCCGAUAGAUAGCAGAAGCGUAAAGAACUUUAGAUCUUCCUUAACUGAUAUUUCAGCGUAUUCUUUAUCUAGACCACCUAGUUAUGAUCAGCUUUCGCGAAGAUCGAUAGUCGAUGGUCCAGAAGGUGGUGGUAUCACCUCAAGUAUAGAAGGCGUGCUGUGGUCCGAUGAAGAGGAGAACGAGUAUUUUUAUCAUGAGAACAUUACAUCUGCUUGGAAUCAAGGUCAGUUU